AUGAGUGGCCAGGCGGUCGUCGGAUUGAAGCCGCAAUCGCCCCGGGUGGGCUGCGGCUGGGGCUGGGGCGGCGGGACUGCGACUGGUCUGCGCUCUGGCGUACCUGCGGUCGGGGCUGAGUGGCUCCAGUGGCUGCCUCUGGUCGUGGUUCCCACCGCGGUGGGUGGCGGGCGGCCGCGCUGCCUGGCCCCGUGCGUCCAGGGUGCUGCGGGGCACGGGGACCUGGUGGUCGGGCAUCGCGCGCAGUGCCGCGUGGCGCUCGACUUCUUAGGGGUAGAGAUGCCUUUGGGAGUGUCUCCGCACUACCACUCGUGCAAGGGGUCGCUGCCAGAGCAGCGGCGGCCAGUUUGGUCCAGCGGGCAGCGGCUCCGGUACUCUGCGCCCUCCCCUGGGGCGCGGGGCACCGCCAUGGCGUCCGCGGUGGAGGCACCGCGCGACGAGGAGGCCGUCGAGGCCCGGGUCAUCCCGACGAGCACUGGGCCCUGCGUCUGGUGGGCCCGCAACGACCUGCGGGUGCAGGACAACCCAGUGCUGCGGGCGGUGGUAGGUGCGGCCCUGGCCGACAGGCGGCCGUUCACGGCCGUGUUCUGCUUCGACCCGCGCUUCCUGGACAGGUCGCCCUACGGCCGCGUGACCGAUCCAGAGUUCAAGAGGUCCAUCCCCACCCGCAAGCCGAUUACCUUCUCGGCGCGGAAGACCUGCGCGCUGCGCGCGCGCUUCUGGCUCCAGUGCGUCGUCCGCCUGGGUGAGGAGCUGGAGCGGCGCGGGUCUCGGCUGCUGGUGUGCCACGGCCGGCCGGAGGACGUGCUGGGCGCGCUGCCCGAGGGCUCCGAGGUGAAGUGCCUCCCUGAGCCAGUUUCCAUCGAGCAGACUGACGUGGAAGAGUUCGUAAGAGCAAGGCUGGUUGCUGGCGGCAGCAAGCUUCGCACCGAUCCAGGUGCGAUGAGCUUGUAUCAUCCUGAUGAUCUGCCCUUUCAUCCUAGAGAUCGGCCCGAUUGCUACAGCGGCCUGGGCUUCGCCCUGGGCUGGAAGGACAUCUGGACGUCCGCCGAGAGGGAGGACUGGGCGGCCCAGAUCCGCGGUCCCGUGCCCGCUCCGCAGGAGUUCCCCCCGCCGCCCGCGGACCUGAAGCUGCCUGGCCAGAUCCCCGCCGGGGUCCUUGCGGAUGAGCGGGAGACGCUCCUCCACCUGGGCUACACCGAGGAGGAGAUCCAGGAGGCGGAGGGCCAGAGCAUCCCCGAGGGCGGCGAGCCGGCGGCGCGCCUGUGGCUGGAGCGGUGGGUGGCCGAGGCCCAGCGGGCGAAGGCGCAGGAGGAGCAGCCGCCUGCCGUGUACUGGGACCUCCCCUGCGGGGGCCAGAGCGGGCCGACCGCGGGCGAGGUGGACCCUAUGCAGUGGGCGACUCUCACAACGCCCUUCGGCGGGAUGAGGAUCUCGUGCUACAUGGCCGUGGGGUGCAUCACCGCCCGGGAGAUCCUCCAUCGGGCACGCGAGACACCUUUCUACGCGAUGGCGGCGCACAGGCUCAUGUGGCGAGAGUUCCACCGCAUGUACGCGAUCAAGUACCACAGGCGAAUCGCUUGGCUUCAGGGUCCAGCGAGGGUGACGCGCACUUGGAACGAGGAUCCGGAGAUCGCGGAUAAGUGGAAGAGGGGCCUCACCGGGGUACCAUACAUCGACGCGUGCCAGCGAGAGCUCCUCAAGACGGGGUGGCUGGCUUACAAGGGCCGCAAGACCGCCGCCCACUUCCUCGUGUUCGACCUCUGGAUGGAUUGGCGCAUCGGCGCCUUUCACGACGAGGAGCGCCUCCUGGACUACGAUUUCGCGAUGAACUACGGCAACUGGGCCGUGGUCUCGAAGAUCGGCAACGGCGGCUCGAGUGCUUGGGAUGGGAGCCGCGAUUUCGACCCCGAGCACUGGGAUCUGAGGUUCAAGCUCCACGCGGAGCAGGCGAACGACCCCUCCGGCGCGUACAUCCGCCGGUGGGUGCCCGAGCUCCGCGGCGUGGACGACAGGUUCAUCCACACGCCGUGGCUGAUGUCGAAAGAGGACAUGGAUGCCUGCGGCUGCGUCAUAGGCGAGCACUAUCCUGCGUCCCUCGUUGGGCCAUUAGACAUCAAGUGCGACUGGGGAAUGGACGAACACCCCUCCCAAGGGAACGAGAAGCCAAACUACGCGGAGCUCAAGGCAUUGUUGGAGGCAAAGGACAGGGAGUUGGCCGCUCUCCGAGCAGACUUGGCAAAGUGA